AGAUCGAUCUUCAUGGUCAAACGCAACAUUUGACUGAUGAUUAGAUCUCCACACAGUUGCAGCCCAGCACAGAAUUCCUACGCUGUUCCUGAUAUUGAUUCGAACGUUGCGCUUAUGCACCUUUCACUGUGGGCACUCACAGCUGCAGUUGUGGUAGAUUCAAAAAACUUCCCCCCUUCGCUGUAAUCCCUUUUCGGUCGUCAUGGUGUCUGAAAGCUAAAGCCGGAGUGAGGCUUCCAUGCAGUUUAGAAAGACCACCGCUGGACGUAGACAAUGUUUUUUAAUUAUCUCAAGCGCACGUGAGUAGAUUCAUCCAUUGAUAUAUAUACCCACUCGGAUGUGCACAGGCCACCGGACUUGCAUGCUUGAGCAGGACCAAUCAGCCUUUGGCUUAUAAAAGCCUAGGAUAGAGCUGAUUGAAUCAUUUACGCACCAUAAUGUAGAACUAAUUGUGGGUUGCAGACAGGUGUGAGCCUCAAGGUCAACAGUAGAUAAAAGUUCACCACCGUUAGCUUUCACAGGUAUCCUCGAGCACUCUUCCAAGCCUAGGGGCCUUUGAGCUCUUGGAAUAGUUUCGAGGGACCUUAUAAAAGAACAAACGUAACUUCAUUGCGAUAAGAAGCAUGAACUAUAAUUGCGAUCGACGUGGAGGAUAUGGCGACUCUGCGGAGGAGGCCGCGAACCUGUUCUUGGCAGCAUCGACCAGGAAUCCAUGGCAGGUUGGCCCAAUGAAUCCAGUAAUAUCAGCGGGUCAUCACGCUGGGAACGUCACCAACUGCAAUGCUGCCAGUGCAGGAGAUGCUGGGACCGCCCAGGGAGCCAUCCUAUUUCAAGGCUUUCUUGGUGGCAGGGGCUAUGGCGGAUCCUUGCAGCCUAGCUCUGCAGCACUUCAUGCCAGGUGGGAUCUCAACCCAGUUCAGCCCGGGGAGAAUCAAACCUCCGGCAACCAGAGAGAUGACCAAGAACAAGCAAAGUGGGCGAAUCAGAACACAACCUCGCGUUUUCGAGGACAGCUGGAUGAAGACGACCUCUUGGGGUUCUCCAUGGACCAGCGAUCUGCUCAGCCAAACCUUCAAGCGAAAUCAGGAACUUGCACCGUGGUGUACAAGGAGUGCCAAAAGAACCAAGCGCUUGACACUGCUAACCACUGUGUUGAUGGUUGCGGUGAAUUCAUGCGACGAGGAAGAGAGGGACAAGAGGCCUUGCAAUGCAUGGCUUGCGGCUGUCACCGCAGCUACCACCGAAGUGUACUAGUUGGGGACAAUGGCAAGGAACUGGAUACCAUUGGAGAAGUAGAUGCAGUUCAGCCGCGACUUAUCAACAAUGAUCUGCAUCUCUCUUUGAGCAGAAUUGAAACCGUUGCGCUUAACCUCAUGGAAGCCACUGGGCGAGCUUUACCCCUACUUGCCGCAGAUCAUCCACCACGAGGGAGUGAUGAUCUUGCCACAAAGGAGCUUGACACUGUGAUGAAAAUUUCCAUCGAAAAUCUGGAUCACAUUUCGAAGGUGACGCUAUCCACUGUUGAAUGCAUUGGCAUUUUACAGACAGCGGCGAGUACUCAACAAAGCGCGAGCUCUCGAGAUCGUCCUAGUGUUCCAGAUCAUGGCCGAUUGUCGUCCGAGGUAAGCCCGGUCAUGAAUAAAGAGCAUCGAAGAAGGGCUCAAUUACAGCUGUCCCCUUCCCACCUCCACAUCCAAAGCAACCUGCUCCAAGUAGACAGAAUCUCUGCACCAAAUGGUCAAGCUCAGAAUGGAUCACACCCUGGAAAGCCUAAAAGGAAACGGACGCAGUUGACCGAUGAACAACGAGAAAAGAUGAAAUCAUACGCUGAGCACGCUGGAUGGACAAUCGUUGGCCAGCGCAAAGAAAAUAUCGCCGCAGCCUGCAAAGAUAUCGGUGUAACACCCAAGACUUUGAAGUAUUGGAUCCACAAUGCGAAGCAGAAGCUGAAGCGAUCACAUGAUCAAGCGCUGUAGCAUCCUCACACCACAUAAACCUUCGCAGGUUGACGUGAAGUCAAAGGUGGAUAAUCUAACUGAGACAUUGAUGAAGUCGACGGUAUCGACAGGUGAAUCGAUAUAAGGAUUACAGACUGGUGGGGACUUUCAUCAUAGACAGGCAAUACAGAAGUUCAGGUUGGAGGCCAUUGAUUACCUCGGUUCCUGAGAAGUAUGAUUCCUGCUCAAAAAGGAGUGCGGUGCAGUGCCUUCUUUGGGUCUUCUGUCAAGUAUAAAAAAAUCCAUCAGAAAUCAACCUUUUACAUUGACGCAUAGUUCACGAGGAUGAAACAAUGUACAAAAGUGCAAUCCUCUGAAAGGCAAUCAAUUUUUUUCGUGCA